CCUGCUCCGCCGGGAGAGCGGGGGAGCCGGAGCCUGGCCCGAGUUGGCUGGAGCUGUUGCCAUGACAAGCAUUUUCUUAAGGAAGCUCUGCCGCUGAGACCCUCCGGGGCUGGGGGUGCGGAGGGGGCACCGACUUCCCGGGGAGCCACCCCUCUGGAGAGCGGGAUCAGGGACCCCGGCCCGGCUCCCCGCGUCCGUCUGCGCCCGGGCGGGUCCCGCUCCUGGGAGCGCCGGGAGGAGCCCCGGCCCACGCCCCGGCGGCGGCCGUGAGGGCGAGCGCGCGAGCCUGCAGCUCCAGCCGGGGCCCCGCCGGUGCAUGGAGGCGCGGAGGGCCGGUCCCGCCGCGGAGGGCCGGCUCUGCUGGAAGGGCAGAGAUCCAGUUGUCAUCAGUAUCCAGGGAGCUCUCCUCUUCCUCCUCCUGCUGCUGAUCUACCACCACAGUUGCUGAUUGUCACUAAGGUUGCCUCCAUGUAACAUGCAGAUCCUGUUUACGGCUCCACUUGGACAAGUCAGCCUAAACUAGGAACUUACCUGACCUGGACAGCCAUUUCCAUCACCACCCAGGGGACGCCAAUCAUCGUGACACGGAGUCCGACUUCUUCUUGGUUCCUCCAUCUUCUUCCUCUUCUCAUUGACAGGCCUUGUACAGAAGAAAGGCUCGAGGCUGGGGUUGCUAUCCUGACAAGAUAUUGUCUCUCUGUUUUCUAACUGGGACUUCAGAAAAGCAAGAAGCAGGAAAAGGCAGGGACAAGAAGGCAAGGGACAUUGGUCAGUUGAGUGGGAGACUCCUCAUCUUCUCUGGCUGAGGAGCUGGGAACCACAGGCAAAAUGACGAACCCAUCAGGACAUGCCUUGCCGGCCAACUCGACAGCUGAGAGCCAUGAUGGGGACUUUGGCUUCACGUUAAUGGAGUUGAGGAAGCUCAUGGAGCUGCGUGCAAGUGAAGGAGUGACCCAGAUCAAUGUCCACUAUGGCGGGGUACAGAAUAUCUGCAGUAGACUGAAAACCUCCCCUGUGGAAGGUCUUUCUGGGAACCCUGCUGACCUGGAGAAACGUAGACUCAAGUUUGGACAGAACUUGAUCCCCCCAAAAAAGCCCAAGACCUUCUUAGAGUUAGUGUGGGAAGCCCUUCAAGAUGUCACGCUCAUCAUCCUGGAGAUCGCAGCCAUCAUCUCCCUCGUCCUGUCCUUCUAUCGGCCCCCUGGUGGAAAUAAUGAAUUAUGUGGUCAAGUCGCAAGUACCCCAGAAGACGAAAAUGAGGCAGAAGCUGGCUGGAUCGAGGGGGCUGCCAUCCUGUUCUCAGUGAUCAUCGUGGUAUUGGUGACUGCCUUCAAUGACUGGAGCAAAGAGAAGCAGUUCCGGGGCCUGCAGAGCCGUAUUGAACAGGAGCAGAAGUUCUCCAUCAUCCGGAACGGCCAGCUCAUCCAGCUGCCUGUGGCUGAGAUUGUAGUGGGGGAUAUUGCCCAAAUCAAAUACGGUGACCUGCUACCUGCAGAUGGGAUCCUGAUCCAGGGAAACGACCUGAAGAUUGAUGAGAGCUCUCUGACAGGGGAGUCAGACCAUGUCAAGAAGUCCCUGGACAAAGACCCCAUGUUGCUGUCAGGGACUCACGUGAUGGAAGGUUCUGGCCGGAUGCUAGUGACUGCCGUGGGGAUCAACUCCCAGACAGGAAUCAUCUUUACGCUCUUGGGGGCCAGCGAGGAUGAUGAGGAAGAGAAGAAGAAGAAAGGUAAAAAACAAGGAGUCCCUGAAAAUCGCAACAAAGCAAAGGCCCAGGAUGGAGUGGCCCUAGAAAUCCAGCCGCUCAAUAGCCAGGAGGGGAUUGACAAUGAGGAAAAGGAGAAGAAGAUCUCCAAGGUGCCCAGAAAGGAGAAGUCGGUGCUGCAGGGCAAGCUGACGCGCUUGGCUGUUCAGAUUGGGAAAGCCGGUCUGAUCAUGUCCGCUAUCACAGUUGUCAUCCUGAUUCUGUACUUCGUGAUUGACAACUUCGUGAUACAAGGCAGAACAUGGCUGCCGGAGUGUACUCCUGUUUACAUCCAGUACUUUGUCAAGUUCUUCAUCAUCGGCGUCACAGUGUUAGUGGUGGCUGUGCCAGAGGGGCUGCCACUGGCUGUCACCAUCUCACUGGCCUACUCUGUGAAGAAAAUGAUGAAAGACAAUAACCUGGUGCGGCACUUGGAUGCUUGUGAGACAAUGGGCAAUGCCACCGCCAUUUGCUCUGAUAAGACGGGCACGUUGACCAUGAACCGCAUGACAGUGGUACAGGCUUACAUUGGGGGCACCCACUACCAUCAGAUUCCAAGCCCUGAUGUCUUCCCACCUAGGGUCCUGGACCUUGUUGUCAAUGGCAUUUCUAUCAACAGUGCUUAUACCUCUAAGAUAUUGCCUCCAGAGAAGGAGGGAGGCCUGCCACGGCAAGUGGGCAACAAGACCGAAUGUGCUCUGCUGGGCUUUGUCACUGACCUGAAGCACGAUUACCAGGCCGUGCGCAAUGAGGUGCCUGAGGAGAAACUCUAUAAGGUGUACACCUUCAACUCUGUGCGCAAGUCCAUGAGCACAGUCAUCCGGAAGCCCAGUGGAGGCUUCCGCAUGUUCAGCAAGGGUGCUUCAGAGAUCAUCUUGCGCAAGUGUAAUCGAAUCCUGGACAAGAAAGGGGAAGCAUUGCCAUUCAAGAAUAAGGACCGAGAUGACAUGGUGCGCACUGUCAUUGAGCCCAUGGCUUGUGAAGGACUCCGGACUAUCUGCAUAGCUUACCGGGAUUUUGAUGAUGCAGAGCCCUCAUGGGACAACGAGAAUGAGAUCCUCACUGAACUGACCUGUAUCGCAGUGGUGGGCAUUGAAGACCCUGUGCGUCCAGAGGUCCCGGAUGCGAUUGCCAAAUGCAAACGAGCUGGCAUCACUGUCAGAAUGGUGACAGGUGACAACGUCAACACAGCCCGGGCCAUUGCCACCAAAUGUGGCAUUCUGACACCUGGAGAUGACUUCUUGUGCUUAGAAGGCAAGGAAUUCAACAGACUCAUCCGCAAUGAGAAGGGCGAGGUAGAGCAAGAGAAGCUGGACAAGAUGUGGCCUAAGCUCCGGGUGCUGGCGCGGUCUUCCCCUACUGACAAGCACACGCUGGUGAAAGGCAUCAUUGACAGCACUGUUGGAGAACAGCGGCAGGUGGUGGCUGUCACCGGAGACGGCACCAACGAUGGGCCCGCCCUGAAGAAAGCAGACGUUGGUUUUGCCAUGGGUAUUGCAGGCACAGACGUGGCAAAGGAGGCAUCAGACAUCAUCCUCACAGAUGACAACUUCACCAGCAUCGUGAAGGCAGUGAUGUGGGGACGAAAUGUCUACGACAGCAUCUCCAAGUUCCUGCAGUUCCAGCUCACUGUCAAUGUGGUGGCUGUGAUCGUGGCCUUCACUGGAGCCUGCAUCACUCAGGAUUCCCCUCUGAAAGCCGUGCAGAUGCUGUGGGUUAAUCUAAUCAUGGACACCUUUGCUUCACUGGCCCUGGCCACAGAGCCCCCUACAGAGUCUCUGUUAAAGCGCCGCCCCUAUGGCCGAAAUAAGCCUCUGAUCUCACGUACUAUGAUGAAGAACAUCUUGGGCCAUGCAGUCUAUCAGCUUGCUGUCAUCUUUUUCCUUGUUUUUGCUGGUGAGAGGUUCUUUGAUAUUGACAGUGGGAGGAAGGCACCUCUGCACUCACCACCCAGCCAGCACUAUACCAUUGUUUUCAACACCUUCGUGCUGAUGCAGCUCUUCAAUGAAAUCAACUCCCGAAAGAUCCAUGGAGAGAAGAAUGUCUUUUCAGGCAUCUACCGCAACCUCAUCUUCUGCUCUGUAGUCUUGGGCACAUUCAUCAGCCAGGUUCUCAUUGUGGAGUUUGGGGGGAAGCCCUUCAGUUGCACCAAGCUCACCCUGUCCCAGUGGCUGUGGUGUCUCUUCAUCGGGAUUGGGGAGCUCUUGUGGGGCCAGGUCAUUUCUGCGAUACCUACUCAGUCUCUGAAGUUCCUGAAGGAGGCUGGGCAUGGCACUACCAAAGAGGAGAUCACCAAGGAUGCAGAGGGGCUGGAUGAGAUCGACCACGCUGAGAUGGAGCUUCGCCGAGGCCAGAUCCUCUGGUUCCGGGGCCUGAACCGUAUCCAGACUCAGAUCGAAGUAAUUAACACAUUCCAGACGGGAGCCUCUUUUAAGGGAGUCCUAAAGCGACAGAACAUGGGUCAACACCUUGAUGUAAAACUCGUUCCUAGCUCAUCCUAUAUCAAAGUGGUCAAAGCAUUCCAUAGCUCCCUCCAUGAAAGCAUUCAGAAACCCAAGAACCAAAACUCCAUCCACAACUUCAUGACCCACCCUGAAUUCGCCAUAGAAGAGGAGUUGCCACGAACACCACUGUUGGAUGAACAAGAGGAUGAAGAUCUUGAAAAGGUUUCUAAGACUGGGACUAGGGUGCUCCCGCUGGAUGAUGAGGUCACCCCACAUGCUAACCAAAACGCCGAUGUGGUGGACUGCAACCAAGUACACGUUGUUGGCUCCCAUUCGGACAGCCCUCUACAAAACCUGGAGACGUCGGUUUGAACUUUCAUUCUCUGACUCCCACCCCUGUUGUCCCUAUUUCCUUUUCCAUCUGUCUCAUCUCUGAGGUGAGGAUGGGACUUUAACUGUCAUGCCAGCUGCUCCCACGUGUGUGAGAACCCCCAACUGAUGAAGCAAGAGCACAGACCUACAAGGAUUUCAACUUAAACUUGAGUUUGUAGCAGGACCCAGUCAAACCCCAGGCCGGUAACUGUAGACUCUACUCCUUGGGGGCAUCCGUUGUCAUUGGUAAAGGAAUGCUGCCAGCCCUCCUGGCAUCCCCCGACCCAGAUCCUCCCCAGUGUUCGGACAUGUCCCAACUUCUGGAUUUUAUCCUCUGAGUCCUGCCAUUUGUAAACUGGGGCUUUAGAGACAAACUUCCACAAAUGAAAUUUGUGGAUUUAAGGAUAGAAUGCAUAAAUAAAUCAGCCAGCAGAGUAUUUUAAAAACCACUUUGAAAACUUACAACUAAAGGCCUCUAGCUUUUUCUGCCCCUAAUGUUCUUUUGGACUUUUGUGAUCCUUAUCUUCCAUCUCUUCGCUUUUUAAAAAGUUAGGAAUUUAAGAGAAUGGAAAGGACGUAAAUUGAUUCAACUUUGACCAUUCUCCUUUAGGGUCCCCAUAGAACCCUUGACUUGGUUCUAGAGGCAGAUGGGUUUCUUUGCUAAAAGAGUCCUUUUGAAGCCAUUAAUAACUGUUAAGAUUGCUUCCCUGUUGUUGCCAGGUUAGUGUGUCUUCUUCCAAACUGCUGUGUUGUCAGGUGUGUGUGGUCCUUAAGUGCCAGGGAGAGCAGUCUUGACCAUGGAUCAUACAGAUGUAAUACAAGUGUAUGCAGUUUUUGCUAUGGGCCUGAGCGUCUUUGUGUUGCUAAAGUGGUGGCAAAAGAAUGCAUUUAGUAUGGUGCUGCCUACUAGUUGGUCCUGGAGUUUGAGGACCAGAAGCUGGCAGGCCUAGGACAAGAUAGACCGUCAAAUAAGACUUACGGGGUCCUCCUUGGGGUAACUGCUGCUUUCAAAGCCAUCUCCAGGGCUCUUCCAGGGCAAGACCUGAUUGUUGAGGGAGUAUUGAAAAGCCGAAGAGUCACGCUGGCAGGGUGUAAGGAAACCUCCCUGCAGGCACCAGAAACCUUGAGCUUGGGUGCCUGGGCAUCAGCUUUGACAUUCUCUUCAGUUUCCUAAUUCUGCGCUUUGUGAGGUCUGUGGUUUGUUCAGACUCAGAAUGUUCCGGCCUUUUGCAAACAUUCUGAUUUUGUAAAUAGACCUCCAAAGGGGGAGGCUCCCAUGGCAUUGUGCCGACUUAAGGAGCAAAACACCCAUCCCGGAGAGCCCCGCUUCCUCUUCCUCCUCCACCUCUCUCUCACUCUCUCCCACAUUCCCUUUGAGUGCUCUCUGCAGUGUGCUCCAGGAAAGCCCUGUGCCAUCUUGCCCUUCUUGCCCCUUGUCCACCUGCCACUCAGGACUUGAGGGCUUAUCUGAGACUUUUACCAGACAAGGUGGAGCCACAUUUGCAGGAGCUCCAUUUUAUCCCUGCUGAUACUGACUUUCGCUGUGGUGUGAAGGUGGAGCUGACUGAUGUCCCCGAUUCCCACCUCCCCUUAGAUCAGUGAAGCCCACCCCCGCCCUUCCAGAGUGUUGGGAGUAAGGAGGAGGCACUAAGGCUCUUAGGGACUGUCGCAUUUCCAUCUGGGAAGGGAAAGUGGCCUGAACCUGUCCAUCCAGCCGCUUCUUCUAGAUCCACCCUCCCUUGGCCCUUGCAUCUGAGUUGUCCUAGGUAAGAAGAAUAAAAAAAAAAUAGCCCCUACACAUCAUCAUUACUAGUAAUCCAUCAUUACAGGGAAACAACUUUGAGUUUGGUUUUUUGAGAGUUAACAUGUUUCGGCAAUCUUUUCUCUGUCUUAAAUACCCAUGGGGAAAGAAACCAGCUCACCCAAGGUGUUGAGUGUUCACACACAUAUUUAGUAAGUACAUUGGAAGAUUUAAUUCUGUCAAGUCUUUUAUUACCUCAGAUCAUCUAAAGAAGCAAGCCAAUACCAAGCUUUGGAGGUCAUUUUACCAUUCCUGCCCCAAAAAGACUCUCAUGGUGCCUGACAGGUUACUCCUGAGGUCUUGUGUCUACUUUUUUAAAGUCAAUGGUGUGUGUGUGUGUGUGUGUGUGUGUGUGUGUGUGUGUGUGUCUCCUAGUUUCCAUAGUAAGAGAGAAAAUAUAGAAAUAUUAUGCAAAAAAUAUAGUUUUCUUUAGAUCAGAAACUGAUAUUUUUGAGUCAGCCAUAUGUAUUUUGUUUAAACGAUUUAAAAUAAAGUAAGUGCCGUCAUGUAACCCUGUGGAAGGGAGCACAUAACCAGCUGAUUGACAUGACAGGUGACUUAGUAUAUUUGUAAUUGGUUUAAAAACCAAUACACUGUACUUCCUUUCUCCAAACAGCCAUCUUUAUACUUAGGGGAAAAAUUUGUUGGGUUCUAGACUUUUAAUAUAAAUUGUGUUGAUAUGGAAUUAAGUUUAAGUGUUUAUGUGGAUAUGUUUUUAUAUAUAAGUUUUUUCUAUUCAGUUUCAGUGAUCCAACCGGCAGUGAGUAAAUAUGGCAUAAGUUAAUAAUGCUUUUCCCCAAAAUGGUGCUUUGGAUUUUAAAAGGGUCUGAUGGGAAGAAGGAGAAAACAUCAGCCUAGAUUCCUGUCUUGAUAGCUAGGAAAGUGAAUAGUAAACUGUGGAUAGUGAGGAGAACAUCCAACAAAAAGAGACACAGCUGUCAGAAGUGAAUGUGUGCCCCCGUCCCGCCCUGUAGAGAUGAACCGCCAGGCUGUUUUGUAGCUAGUGGUUAGGAUUGGGGGCCUUCUAUUGGAUUUGUGUCUCUCGAGAAAUGAGCUAGCAGAGUGGUACCAAAGACAAUCUCCUGGUCUGCAAGGAUGCUCUCAUUUGUAGUUUGCGUUUUUUUAUGGUUCUCUCACUCCUUGAUCCCCCUGGAGUUUUCCAUUAAUGAGUUUUUGUGCAAGGAUCUGAGUUGUGAUUCCUUCCUCCCCUAGAAAGGUCUUGUUCAGUACAUUAGAUGGGAGACAGAACACCAAGUAGAGAAAACCAUGGCUGGUUCUAGUCCUGGGUGACAGCCUCAGGGCCGACUCUUUCCCAUAGGCAUCCUCUAUCCUCUGAAAUGACUCUCCCAUCCCUGAAAAUAUUGAAAGAAGCCAUCUAGAAAUCCGUCCAUUUGUGGAUUCUUUAGGGUUUGGGUUUUUUCUUCCCUUUGAGCUAGAGGGGAGAGUUUGCACAGAUAAAUCCGAGCGAUUACCUCACUGCCGAAAACCUAGAGGGCUGUGGCAAACACGAAUGUGCUGGAAGACCUCUCAGUGUAGCUCUCCUUUCUUUCCUACCUCCCUUGCCUUAUGAUUGAAGCCACCCGUGGCACCACCCGUCUGCACACAUGCUCACCUUUCAGACCUAGGGACCACCCCACUGCACUAGUGGAGGUGGGCACUGACAAUGCCUGCUGUUAAGCCAUUCCGGCCUCUUCCUCAGAGUUAACCAGCCUCCCUCUUCUUUAGUUCAGUGCCAGGACUUUUGCCUUACCAACUCUGCAGUUAGACCUGCUGUGCCCUUUCUGCUUUUCUUUCUAUUUUAUAAUUUUCCCCUGGUACUGGGGAUUGAACCCAAGGCCUUCACACUGAGCUACAUGCCCAGCCCUUUAAAAAAAAAUUUUUUUUUGUUUUUCAGACAAGGUCUUGCUAAGCUGCCCAAGCUGGGCUCAAACUUGCAAUCUUCCUCCCUCAGCCUCCCAGGCAUGCACUACCACACUUGGCUCCCUUUCCUCUUGAUUAGGAAAGAUGGAGGGAGAUUAGCUCCCUUAAAUGAAUCGGCCUUUCGUUCACGUUUUCUCCCCAUAUGUAUAUAUGCCAUAUGUGAAUAUGCCAUAUAUAUAUAUAUGUGCCAACAAAUCUAUCCACGUUGUUCUUUUCAAAUCAGCACGCACAUAGGAUUUUGAGUUUCUUCUUUGCAAUCACUAGUAUAACAAGCACUGGUAUUUUUGUACAAAAAAGAAAACCAAACAAAAGAUUGACUAUUGUGAUCUGCAUGACAAACAAAUGGUGGUAUCGAAGCAGUGUUUCCCCUGGUGUGUGCGGCCAUCAUUUGCAGUUCAGCUUAACAGCGUGCCUGAUCUGUAUUUGCAUUUUGAUAUUAUUUAAACUCUAUGUACAAUGUUUUGCAUGUAUUUAUACGGUUCUUAGGGGAAAAUGCUAUGAACUGGCAAAUCUGAAAUUCAAAUGUGUUGUUCCACUGAGACGGGAAGAAAAGAGGAAUUUCAAAAGGAAUAAUUUCUUGGAACCAAUAAAGCUUUUUUGCUGAUGAGCAGAAACCAGUACUGCCAUGCACUGAGAAUAAAAUCCCAUGCCCACUUGUAA